CUGUCUGUAUCUUUCUCACAUUGUUGUUAUUGCUUUUGUUAAAAAAGUAAUUGUAUGACAUGUUUUAUUUUCCCUACUUUUUUCAUUAGUUACACAAAAUUAGUUUGAAAAAAAUAAUGCAGCUUAUCUAUUUUGAGGAAUUAAAUAAGCAGUGAAGGACUAUGUAUUUAAUUUAACGUGUGAGUGAGAUGAAAUAGAUUAAAAAAAUUAAGGUUGUCACCAUUGGAAGUAAUUUUUUAGUAAAAAAAAAUCUGGUUGGUGUAAACAUGUAUUUUAUUUUUACUACAUAUAGCUUCUCAUUUAUGUUACAUUAAAACAAAAGCUAUGAGAUCUAUGCAAAAAGCUCGCUUGUUUAUUCAAGAACGCAAUAGCGAAAUGACGGAAAAGACCACUUGUAACUUUAUUAGUUGGGACCAUCGAUAUAUUACCACGAUGGUAAUAUAUCGAUGGUUGGCACACUCUGUCCGCAAGUUACGGCCAAAGCGUUACAGAAUUGUGUUGAAAAAACCGUGCUUUGAUGAACUACCUCACAGCCUACCUCAAAUCUAGUUUAAAAUGGUUACCUAAGCACAUAAAAAUCACAAUGAAUGAAUCCCGCCUCUCACCUUGAGGCACGAGGGCAAAGUCCAAGUUGCCGUGAAUAAAAGCUAUCGCACCUUUCAAACCAGGAAGCUGCUUCUUUGCUAAAGUCGCCAGGAUAGUGGUAGCAAUCCGUGCAGCCUUACAAUGCUAUACCAGCACUAAAUGUCGGUUGACGAUAGUAGUAUUUAAUUAAUUGAUUUAUUUAGUUGUACCAACAAAGUGAUCAUGAAUACAAAACAUUGACAAAUUGACAAUAAGUACAUGACAGGUGUCACCUCAAUUAUAGAUGCAAUCGACAGUGCAAUAGUUAACAGUAUCUUGAAAUUAGAAAAGUAAAAAUACAAUGAGUAAUUUUAAGAAAUAUGAAAUUCAAAAUGGUGAUUUGUCACUACGUAACAAAAAAUAUAAUAUCUACACUUAUUAAAAAUUAAUGUAUAUAACUUGGUUUAUAAAAUUUGUUUAAUAAAAAUUUUAAACACGGAAUUUUUUAUUUAGCUCUGAAACUAGCAGUCAUCACAACAGUCUGCAAUAUUCGUAAUCUAAAUAAUGCCUACAAUUAAAUGUCAACGUCAAUCCUACUAGUGAUAUCUAAAACUUCAGAGAAGCAAAUAAUAUAAAUAAUAAAAGCGUAUUAAAAAAGUGUUUGUUUAAGGGAUUUUAUUCCAAGAGACUGAAUGCCAACCCUAACAAAAUUACUGUUCUGUCUACGAAAUUCACAUCUUGACGAACUUCAUGUUUAUUUCAUUCAUUUUCGUUGCAUUACUUGCCAGUUGCCUGCCUGUAUCAAUCAAAACACGGCUGACCGUACGUUCGUUUCGUAGCAACUUUCAUUUCAGUCGUGUCGUUCCCUUCUUGCUGGGUUGAUUGUUGUGUUUAGUGGUGUUAUCAAACGAGUGGUUUGCGUUAAAUUUAUCAGUGCUUUUUAGUAAUAUAAACAUAGCUAUUGUGUAAAUUAGUGUUAUAUCAACUAAUCAACUUGUGUUCCAAUUAAACUUACAAUUAAAACAGUUGAAGUGUCUAUUCCACUCGAUUAUUUCAAUUUGACUUUUGACGUCACUUUGAACUACCAAUCAGUUGGCGGUAUAGAGAAAACAACUACAUUGAUACUGUCGUGCUUGUUUUGGUUCGAGGUAACAAUAAUAUUGAAGGAAAUGUCUAAUGAGACGUAAAAAGUGAUCAUCAAAAUGCUUUUAAAAUGUACUGCGGACGGGCGGCCAAUCAAAGAAAACGGAACACCGGGAAAUCAUGCGAGCGGCACCAGAGGCAUGAAAAUGACUAUGUCAACUGCACCAACGAUGAGCGCUCGCGUCCACAGGAAGGUGAUGAGAGCGCCCCAUAAGCGUGCCCAUCCCGGCAAAACGCACUUCUCCGGGAAAAUGGUACACGCCGGCAAAAUGGCCCACCCGGGGAAACUGUCUCACUUGGGUAAAUUCGGGAAGCUUGCCCACUAUGCGCACACACACUCUCUGCGGCCUCCGGAGCCUUGCGAGAACAGUAACGACAGCGGCCUAGGGACCGAUCCAGUCAACAGAUUGUCGGACACUGUGGAGGACUGGGAACAUCCGGAGUUGAAACGGCAUCGCGGCGAGUCGGAGAUGCCCGUUAAGAUCGAAUGCGACAACGCUACCGAUGCUUACGCGUUCGUCCCUCCCGGAGUCCAGCCCGCCGGAGUGCAGCCAGCAUCAGCACUACCAGUCCCCGUAAUAAGGCCGGGCUGCAGCAUAUCUAGUCCAAACAUCACCGAGUCGCCAGGGAAGAGGUUUCAAGAUCCGUACAGGUCUUGUGGAAAACUCGGCAGUGGAGGGAAACUAGCUAAUAAGUACCCCGGGGGAGGAAAACUAGCCGGACCGGGGGGGAAACUUGGAGGCAAAUUAGCCGGGAAAUACGGAGGGAAGUUAGCACAGGCCAUGGCGAGGCGGAGGGCGCUGGCUGCUAUGACACAGACCGGACCGCCGGGCCUCGCCGCUCCACUCACCAACAAAUCUAGGGACGGCACUGUGGAGCUACAAAUACUGUGCCAGCCUGAAACUCAACACAGAGCGAGAUAUCAGACUGAAGGCAGUCGGGGAGCCGUCAAAGAUAACUCCGGGACCGGUUUUCCGAUGGUCAAAUUAGUUGGCUACGAUAAGCCGGCCGUAUUACAGGUAUUUAUAGGUACAGACACAGGACGAGUGCAACCUCACAUGUUCUACCAGGCCUGCCGCGUCUCCGGGAAGAACUCGACGCCGUGCAAGGAGCGGAAGGAAGAUGGAACCGUUAUCAUAGAGAUAGACUUGGAGCCGGCCAAGGACUGGAAGGUCACGUGCGACUGCGUUGGUAUACUCAAGGAGCGCAACGUGGACGUGGAGCACCGCUUCGGCGAGGCUCUGGGCGGCGUGGGGAGCGUGGGAAGCGUGGGGGGCGUGGGGAGCGUGGGGGCGGUGAGCAGCGCCAGCCACGUGUCCCGCGGCAAGAAAAAGUCGACGCGAUGCCGCAUGGUGUUCCGCACCGACAUCAUCAACCCCGCAGGACACCGGGAGACGCUACAGGUCUGCUCCACGCAGAUCAUAUGCACGCAACCGCCGGGCGUACCAGAGGUGUGCCGAAAGUCACUAGUCUCGUGUCCGGCCACCGGAGGCCUGGAACUAUACCUGCUCGGCAAGAACUUCCUCAAGGAGACCAAGGUGGUGUUCUGUCAGAGGCACGAGGGUCGCACGACUUGGGAGGAAGAAGUCACGCCUGACAAAGAAUUUUUGCAACAGACGCACCUGGUGUGCUGCGUGCCGGCGUACGGGCGACAGGACCUGAGCGAGGCGGUGGCGGUGCAGCUGUUCGUGAGGUCGGGCGGCAAGGCGUCGGAGCCGCACUGCUUCUACUACACGCCGCCCGCUCUCGACACGGGCCCCCUACAUUGCUCGCGCCAUCACUCGCAAGGUAGCGACCACAGCCGAGCGCCGCCGCUGCCCGCUGACCCGCGCCAGCACGGUGGCGAGGAGGCGCGGCCGGUGCUCAUGUGGGGCGCGAUGCCGCCGCCCGCCCUGCCCGUGCGCAGACCCUCCGUCAUCCUGCCAGACCCACACUCGCCUCUCGGACUCAAGAGUGAGGUGAUGGACGAGACCAGCCAGCACUCCGUGGUCGAUCACACAGACGCUUCCUGUGGGCCUGAGGGACCUGAAAAGACCUCCACCGGUAACAUUAGUGACGAUCUGAAGGUCGUCGAUCUGAGACUCAAGUCUGAGAAUAUGUCGCUCGACGCACAGGCCCAGAUGAGCUUCGUGAGCAGUUAUGACUCGAUGAAAUUGUCGCCGGCCACCCCCAGCCAGGGAGAGUCGCCGACCUCUAUCGUUUCGUUUACCCAGCAACUGCAAGCCAUCCAGACCCAGGCUCAGACCGACAAGAUGGUAGAGUCCGUCACCGCGGCCUUGUUCAACACUGACGAAAACUCCGGUCCGAUAUACCCGCAGAUGUUACCAAUGUCCACUAUGGAAUCAAUGAGGCAUCUCAUCUCUUCUAAAAACAACAUGGAUCCUUUAGGAACCGAAUUGAAGGUCCUCAACCCCGAGCUAAUGAUCACGGAUACUGCGAUGCAGUCGACCGUGCUGCAGACCGCUAACGAGCAACGACUCAUGGUCUACAACCAGAUGACAUCCGGCCGAGCCGAAGAGAGAUUCAACCCCUUUGGAAAUAUGACCAAGCUCGAGAUGGAAACCUCCUCGGCGAUAUCGCAACAGAACGCACAGAUGGAGGCGCUAGUCGAGGACGCUAUGAAGGCCACCGCGGCAAUGUUGCCUGCCGACGCGGCCAAACUAGACGAGCUAGUCAACUCUCGCGUGGACGACCAUUUGUCGGCGUCGUCCGCCUCGCCAUCGGGCGGGUCCCACGCUUCCGACGUCCUGCUGAGUCCGGGCGCCGGGGUGGUGACGCGGGGACCGGCCGCCGACUUGUUGCCCUCCGCCGCCAUCUCGCCCGACGUCAUCCUCAACCCACAAGUGUCACCCAGCAUGCUAUGCGACGCCAAUCAGCACAUGGUGAUGCCGACCGGAACAGCACCCGAAGACCUCAUGAUGCUGCCGGAUCAGAUGCAGCUCACAUCCGUGAAGACUCCACCGGCGGCCGUCAAAUCUAUGAUCUUGAACGCGGCCGCAGAGAUCCUGACAUCGGACACGACGAUGAACGCGCUCGUGAAGUCAGCCAUCAACACGGCCAACAUCCUGACGACGGAGAGCGCGGCCGAGCAGCCGCCCGCCGAGCCCGCCCCGGAGGCGCCGCUGGUGGCCAUGUCGCAGGCCGUGUCGCAAGCCGUGACGCAGGCCGUGUCGCAGGCCGUGUCGCAGGCGGUGUCGCAAGCCGUGUCGCAUGAGAUGACGGCGCCGGUGCAGGGCCUCACGGACAUGAGCGACCAGGACCUGCUCUCCUACAUCAACACGAGCACCUUCGACCAGGUGUAAGUCGCUCGCGCUCGGCUCUAUGCCGCGGUAUAUCUCGGGAUCGAUCCGUCGACUAUUAGUGUCGGUUUGCGCCGAUCUAAAUGCAUUUCUCUAUAUGUGAUGUGUGAGGGCUCAAAUGCAGUUUUUAUGUGAAUUUUUAAUGGAUGUUAAACGUUAAAUAGGUUUACUGUAGAAAGAACACUAUAAUCUCGUGAACUGUCGAGGUAUGCACGAGUCACGUGUGCGAUGUGAAUCAUGAUUCUCAAAUUAUUUUUUAUUGUAUUUUAGUUUAUAUGACUAAAAUUAUGUUUUAGUGAGGUCAAUUACGACGUACUUCUUCAUGUGAGUCAGUAUUACAGGGCUAAUACGUUUUUUUUUUAUAUUUGCGUGAUAGUUUGGGAACAGCUGGAAAUUGAUGACGGAUAUCCAGCGAAAUAUCGUUAUCUGUAAACAAUAAAUUUAAAUACUGUAGAUUUGUUUUAAACAAUAUACUUUGUAUUUAUGGACACGUAGUCAUACACAUAUGUACGACAAAUUGUUUUGAAUUGAUUUUCAAUUAAGUUUUUGUUGCGAUGGUUCCCAACCUAUCGCGUAUAAAAGCAGAAUAUGUAUUUUGAAAAUGAACGUGUUAUAGUUAUAUUAAUGAAAAUUAUUGAAUGUUGAUUGAUGUAUGUGUAUUUGUUGGUGCGUUAUAUGUUUGUUUUGGAGUUUUUGUAAAUAUCUGCAUAGCUUUGUAUUUAUGUUUUUUUUUUUUUUAGUUUUAAGUGAAGUUCGGUUCCGAUUCAAUAAGUAAUCUGUUAAUUCGUUAGAACGGUACUCGUUGAUGCGAACAUAUGAAAUUGCAAAAAUAUUGAAAGUGCGUGAGAAAUAAAAAAUCGGUCUGUGUGCUUAGUGCGAGUUUUUUACCGUUCUCGAUAGCGGAAAAGUUACCCAAUUUUGUAUGCAGUUGGAACAGCGCCCCUAGCGGCAAACGUACGCGAACGUUCCAUACAAAUAUGAGUUAACUUUUACGCUAUCGAGAACGUUAAAAAACUCGCUCUAAGCACACUGUUUGUUAUAUUAGCACAUAAAAAGUGUCGAUUCACAUUAUCAAGAUGUGUGUAAUGAGCAUUAUUGGAAUUCGCGAUAAUUUCGACGCGUUUGUACACGCCUUCAGUUUAGUUUCACUCAAACUAAAUGUUAGACUGAACUACAUUUUAUGUUUUUUUUUUUUUAAUCCGAUAUGUUAUAUCUAUAGUCUAUCCUUUGCGUAUAAAAUAUGAAUUUAGAAUUAAAGUGUCGCUAUUGACAACUUGAUAAAAUGUAGUUCCGUAUAAACAAACAGAACGCUUGGAUCGACACGAUCCGCCUCCCAUCAUAUUCAUCCAGAUCUAAGUCUGGCAAAAUUAUAAAGACGCGUGCGUGGAUUAUCUUUAUUCUUUAUUGUACACACAGUUAAUACAAUACAAUAAUUGCGAAAAGAUAUAAAAUGGCGAGCUUAACUCAACAAUCGAGUUAUCUACCAGCUAACCGUUCUUAAAGAGGGAGAGCUUUAUAUAAGUGGGUAGAAGAGUACAAUCUAAUCAAUCAUUUUCGUCAAACUAAUUAAUCGAUUAUUUUCAUUAUCAAUCAAAAUAGCUCUUCUCCCUUUCAGCCCAAGAGCUAUUUUAACUUAAUUGUGUACUAUGAAGUAGUGAAAUUGCAUCUAAUCAGUUUUAAAACAUUACAAAAAAAAAAUGAUCACGUUAAGUCAUUAUUUUAAUGAGACAACAAUAAACUUAUAUCCCGGACGCUUUCAUCGCUAAUAGCUCUAUAAACACGCGUGCUUUAUAAUAUUGCCGUAAAUUUAUUUAUAUUUACAUAAGAUUGUGAUAUAUAUAGCAAAAUAUAUGUUAUUAAUCAACAUAGUAGUAACCUUUUAUACUUUUAAGGAAAACUGUACUGAUGUGAUGUUAGCGCAAAGAUUAUAAUAAUUAAUUAAAUAAAAAUAUUGUUAUCCAAUUACGAGAGUUCAUUUAAUACAAUUAUCGAAUGCUACAUUAUUUAGUUGUGCCAUUUAUUAAAUAUAAUCGUAGUGUAGUUAAAAUAUGUUAUAUGAAGCAUAUCGGAAGAGUAUGAAUUAUGAGCGAAAGCGCUGGAUUAGGAAAGGUUAAAAAAAACCCGCGAAUUUUGUGACAGCAGCUGUCAGUUGCGAAGUAAGUUUUUUUUUUUCGGGUAUGUUUGUAAUGGCGGCGUUCUUAGAACAAACCCUCCACCUGCUAGGACCGACACAUUGACCAGAUAACUGUGUGCCUUUUGGAGACAUUAUACAAGAAUAUCGCCUUCUCUCUCUCCUGUCUUUUAUAAUAUACAAUAUUUAUGUUCCUGUAUUGCUUAAAAACAUGUCCAAAAUGUAACGAAAACUAUGUCAUGUAAGUAUUUUGAAUUAGAGAAAGAACAAAAUAAAAUACAUUAUUUCAUUUAGGGACCAUUAUACUACAUAAUAUUGUAUACAUUAACUACUGUGUUACGUGUAAUUCUAUCAUAUAUAAUAUUUUAUAUAAAUAAGAAAAUAUUAUAUAUUAAUUCAUAUAUGAAUCGAAUGUGUAUUUUGAUAAUAGUAAAAAAUUUGUUAAAGUGUUUUUCACUUACGACAGCAACAUUGUCUUUCAUGAAUAUUGAAACUUAAAUUAAUGUUCACGCAAUGCUCUUGACAAUUAUUUAAAUUAUCAAUAACGUAAGAUAAAUUAUUCGAAAUGAAUAACAUUGCGACAUUUAUACAUGAGGUUCCUACGUUUAGUAAGAUAGAAGCAUCCGCUACGCCUAUACGUGGAAUAAUAUUUAAAAUAUAGAAAGGGAGGCAACUAAUGAAAAGUAAAUGAAUAUAAACCAUACAUUUUUAGAGUUAAUUAUCUUCUGCUGUCUGUUCGUGCACUUCUCCGGAACCACUGAACAGAUGUUCGUACAGGUUCCGCGGGUAGACAGAUUAAUUUUUGCAAAAAAUAUAUAUCGUUAUUUAAAGAUUUAUGGAAUUUAGUCUUAUACUGUUAGAGGUUUACACAAAAAUAAAUACUAUUAUUCAAACGGAAGUAACACGCCCAAACCACUGUACAGAUUUUGACGAAAUAAGGCACAGGGAUAGCUAGGAUCUUGAGAAAGAAUAUAAAUUAGUUUUCAAGCCAGUGCGUGUCUCCAUCCAAGCAAUAUGAAGUAAAGCCCACAGGGACGAAACUUACGGCAGAAAAAUGUUCUAAAGAAUAUCGUUUUCUAAUUAUUCCAUGAAAUGUUUCAAAUUCGUCGGCUAUUAUGAGAUAUUUUCGUUUCUUUGAAUUUACCAGGGCUACUUAAUCUAACCAAUGAUGAUUGAACGAUAUACCUAACGAUAAACCUUGUGUAUGUAUAUUAUUAUUCAUUAUUGAUCGUAUGUCCCCUACUACUCGAACGAUAGAACUCAAAUUUCUGGAUUAUGUUCGACACAGGAAAAAUGAAACGGCUCGCGUGAUAAUUAACAUUCGGCUAUAAUUGAUAUUAAUUUACACUCUAACAAAACUUGCCAUUGACGCUUUCGGGCUUUUAAUAAAUACCAAAAGUUAUGUUCAAUUUUUAAAUUAAACAAUUAAAAUGGAAUUCCGUAGAUUUUGUAACUUUAUUUAAUUUGUUAUACCAUUUCCAAACAUCCAUGUCAUGUGCAACAUAAAUGCGUUUUUCAUAUGUUUUCGAAAAUGUUCGUGUAAACUUUUGUAAUCACACGCUAUAAUAAUAUUAAGAGUAUAAAAAUUUAAUGUUAUAUUGUCACAUUCUUUUAAAAAAUAUUCAGCUGGCCUUCCAAUAUUAUUUUUACGUUUUGAAUGAUUUUAAAAAAAGUGUGAUAUUUUCCUCUGGAGCCUACGAUAAAUUCACGUUUAGGUAUAAACAUUGUUUAAGUAUAAAUUCUCCUCUCGUAUUAAAAUGCACAUUGUAAGGAACAAAAAAAAAACAAUAUGUUAAUUUAUUUAAGAAGCCUGUUAAAAGUGUUGAAGUGUGUAUGUCAUUCGAAGGAUAAGAUUAAAAAAUAUGACAUUUUACUAUUGUUUACGAAAAAAAUAUGAAUUUUGUUAAAAGCAAAAUCCAAUGUUAUAUGUACUAAGUAAUGGAUCUCUAGUCGGUCUAAUUAGUUGCAACUUGCCGGAGGGUCGCGAAGGUUAAAUGUAUGUUGUUUUGAUGUAAUUAAUUAUUAAAAAAUAAAUGUUAUAAAAAUA